UCAACACUGUACAAAUGUGUACGUUCACUAAAUUAUAAAGAGUUGUAGAAACGUUUAGAAAUUUUCUUAUUUUGGUGCAUAUAUUGAAGUUUCAUUGACCAAACGUCCACAAACUAUGAAAUGUUUACAAAGAUACAAUAUGUUGCAAAAAAUAUUCCAUCCGUCCAUGUGCACCAUUGCCAAGGUACAAAAGAGAUCAUUUUGCAUAACGCAAUCUUGGUCAGAAAGAGACAAAGCAUUGAAAGGUUCGAAAGCAGUCGACAGAGCAAAAUUGGCUGGUAUCAAACCAGCUGAGAUGUAUUUGACUAGCAUUGGAGCAAAAAUAGAGAAAAUUAAGAAAGAAAUUAGGUUGCCUUUGGAAGACUUGAAUGGAAGAGUUAGGUCAAAUGUGGAUUUUCUGGGGGAGCUUUGUGGGCUGGAUGCAUCAGACGUUGGUCGGAUGAUUUCCAGGCGGCCUCGGAUUUUGCUACUUAACGAACAGCAAAUAGAGCAUUGCGUCUGGUCAUUGAGAAAGGUUGGUUUGAAAGAACAGGCUAUUGCUACCAUGUUGAAGAAGGCACCUGGAAUAUUAACAUCAAAGAUUGAAGACAAUUUGGAAGAUAAGCUUGAGGUUUUGUACAACCUUGAAGUCCAUCCUUCAUUUUCUGUGAAAGAUGUCCUGAAGAUCGUCACAAAAUGCCCAGCGCUUGUUUCAACAUGCACAUCCGCAUCGAUUGAGGAAAAAGUACAUUUCCUACGAAAUACCAUUGGCUUUUACCAAAAUCAACUGCACAAGAUCAUUAUCAAACAACCAUCCAUACUGACAUUCAGUCAGGAAAAUGUCAAAAGCAAAUUUGACUACUGUUAUCGGAAGAUGAGUGUUUCAAUGCCAGAAAUUGCCCAAUGCCCAAGGGUGUGGCAAUGCUCGUUAAAACGGCUCAAAGAUAGGCAUAACUAUCUAAAACAUUUGAAUGUUAUCGCUGAUAGGGUGGAUGGAUCACAACUAGAAAGGAUUGCUACACUUUCAGAUGUUUCGUUCUCAGAAAAACUGGCUUUAACAAGCUUGUCUGAAUUUCAGGCCUUCAUUGGCAAAACUGCAGACCUUUGAACAUCAUACUUUUUUACAGAAGCAACAAACUUAAGAAAAGAAUGUACAUGUAUUUAUAAAAUGACUCUGUUACAACACUUUCCAAGUUGUACUAAAUGCGCAAUCUGUAUGCAAAGUCAAUUUUAUUAUUUUCACAUCUGA